AUGCCUCGUACGUAUGUUCGAAAAGGAAAAUCUUAUUCUACUGCUGAUCUUCAAGGUGCAUUAAAUCUUAUUCGGGAUGGUAAAUUAAGAGUCAAAGCUGCUCGUGAACAAUAUCAUAUUCCUGCUGCAACUAUUUAUUCACGUUUAUCCGGUCUUCGCGGAGAAGGUAAACCAGGUGCUAAAACUAUUUUGUCGACUGAAGAAGAAGAAUUUUUAAUACAUGUUAUCCAUAAAUACCAAGAAUGGCAACAGCCAUUAACUAGAUCAGAUCUUAUUUCAAUUGCACGUACGUAUAUGAUUGAACUUAAGAAAAAAAAUAUCAAUAAUGAUUCUUCAUUACGUGAAUGGUUUUUUUGCUUCCGACAACGAUGGCAAAAUGAGAUAAAACUUGUUCAAGCUUAUAAACUUGAAAAUAUACGAUCAGUUUCAUGUACUCAAACCGUAUUUUUAGAUCGUUGGUUUGACCAUUUAGAGAAAGUUUUAACUAAGUUAAAUUUAUUUGAUAGACCACAAUCUAUUUAUAAUGUUGAUGAAACAGGUUUUGGGGAUGACCCAGGCCGAAGACAGGUGAUAAUCAAAAGAAAUUCUAAAUAUGGAACAUGUACUCAAGGAGGUGCCGGUAAAACAUAUACCACUCUCAUCAUGUGUACAUCGGCUUCAGGGAAAUUCUUACCACCUUAUAUUAUAUACCGUGCACAAAAAUUAUAUGAUUCGUGGAUGCCAAAAAUUAGUUGUCGAGGUACACGUUUCAAUGCCACCCUAUCUGGGUGGAGCGAAGAAAUAACCUUCUUCGACUGGUUACGUCAUCAUUUCGUGCCAGCUGUUAAAAGGGUGAAGAAACCCAUCUUACUGUUGAUGGAUGGACAUCGUUCACAUUUAUCUACUCGGAUCAUCAAAUAUGCCAUGGACAACAAAAUACAUUUAGAAUGCUUUCCACCGCAUACAACAACAAUUCUUCAGCCACUCGACGUAGUAACACUUUCAAAGAUCAAAGCAAGUUGGAGGAAGCUUCUCUCGAAUCAUUUCAAACAAACUAAUUCUACACCACUUACUAAAGAAACGUUUUCACUUUUAAUUGCUGAAUUAUUUAAAAAUCAUCUAUUACCAGCUCAUUGUGCUGGUGGUUUUGCAAAAGCUGGUAUCUAUCCUUUCGAUAAACGCGUUAUUUCAAAAGAAAAACUCCUAUCAGCAACAGCACCAGAAUGUAAUAAAUCAAUAUUUGAAUCAAAUACAACUGAUGAUAUUCGUGAUACUUCAUUAACAACUACAGUUGUUUCUCAUUUACGACGAACAUCAUCAUGUCCCAAUUUUUGUUCAAGCGAUCUUCCAUUAAUUUCAAUCCAUCAUACUCCAUCAACUAGUAAUAAUCUUGGUACAAGUUCGGGAACAGUUACUUCUAUUUCAUCAACGGUUGUAGAUAAGUCUAUGUACUCAACUACAAUGAAUACAGCAACAGCCAACGCCCUGCUUCCAAUUUCUACUUCUGAUCUUGAUAAUAUAUCAUCAACAACUACUGCUAUAUCAACUUUCACAUCUAAUACAAGUACUUCUUCGAUUUCUGCUGGAAUGGAAGUACUUUAUUCAAAUCUUGAUGAACCAGCAUUACCUGAAUCCAUUUAUCUACAAACUUCACCAUCACCAAACACUGUCUCAUCCCAUACAAAUUCGACGUCAAGAAAAAAUAAUAAUGAUAAUUCUUGGAAUUUUGAAGGUGGAACACAAACUGGUAAAGUUGAAAAUGCACAAUCUUCAUCAAUAUCAACUGCAAAAUUAGGAUUAUCAAAUCGUACAGCUCUUAAUGCUAUUACAGCUGCAAUCAACAAUCAUAUGAAACCUACUAUUAUGGCAAUUAACAAAAGAAAAAAACAAGUUGAUAGACCAUAUGGUGAAAGUAUAACCAGUGUUGAUGCUUAUAUAAAACUCAGAAAUAAAGAAAAUGCUCGAAAACGAAAAUCAACAAAAGAAAGUGCAAAAGCAAACUCAAAAAAGAAUAAAGAGUAG